UUGCAGAGUGAGUAAUGCCCAGACCUGGAACUAGAAGCUGAAUCUUAUUCUCCUACUCCCCAUUCUGAUGAAAAAUCAGAAAAUUCACACAAGCUACCCUAAAGCCAGGGCACUGUCCUAGAGCUCAGCAGGACCCUGGAGAAGGGAGACAAAGGAUUUAGAAUUGCCCUCAAAAGGGAAGAAAAGCAUGGAGAACUAGAAAAGGAGUGGGAACAGAGGUGCCAGAGACCACUUGGAAGGUGGCAUACAGCAAGUAUGUGAGGAUCAGUCCCUUGCCUGUCGGCAUCACCAGGGCUGACUCUGGGGCUACCUCCCGACAGAAACUGGACAUGAGCUCCUGAGUUCAGAGCUGCCUGGCCCGGCACUACCACAGAGGAGCCCAGCUUGGAAGGCUGGUGAUAAGGGCCUGCCUACAGGCUCCUGUGGAAGGCCCCCAACGAAAUCGGGAAGCCUAGGCCUGGGCUUUACAUCCCAGGGCUGUGGAGUAGGAUGGGGGAUGGGCCUGUAACAGGAAGUGCCCUGGGUGUCCUCUUUCGGCCCCAUGGAGUCCUCACCCGUUCCCCAGUCAUCAGGAAACUUGUCUACUUUGGGAAGAGCCCUUCAAACCCCAGGUCCCUCUACUGCCAGCGGGGUCCCAGAGUUGGGACUUCAGGACGUGGCUUCAGAAUCUGUGGCCCUCUUCUUCAUGCUCCUGUUGGACCUUACUGCUGUGGCCGGCAAUGCUGCGGUGAUGGCUGUGAUUGCCAAAACACCUGCCCUCCGAAAAUUUGUUUUUGUCUUCCAUCUCUGUCUGGUGGACCUGCUGGCUGCUCUGACCCUCAUGCCCUUGGCCAUGCUGUCCAGCUCCGCCCUCUUUGACCACGCGCUCUUUGGGGAGGUGGCCUGCCGCCUCUACUUGUUCCUGAGCGUUUGCUUUGUUAGCCUGGCCAUCCUUUCGGUGUCUGCCAUUAACGUGGAACGCUACUAUUAUGUGGUCCACCCCAUGCGCUACGAGGUACGCAUGACCCUGGGCCUGGUGGCCUCCGUGCUGGUGGGCGUGUGGAUAAAGGCCCUGGCCAUGGCUUCUGUGCCGGUGCUGGGGAGGGUCUCCUGGGAGGAAGGAGCUCCCAGUGUCAACCCAGGCUGUUCUCUCCAAUGGAGCCAUAGUGCCUACUGCCAGCUUUUCGUGGUGGUCUUUGCCGUCCUUUACUUCUUGCUGCCCUUGAUCCUGAUCUUCGUGGUCUAUUGCAGCAUGUUCCGAGUGGCUCGUGUGGCUGCCAUGCAACACGGGCCACUGCCCACGUGGAUGGAGACCCCCCGGCAGCGCUCCGAGUCUCUCAGCAGCCGGUCCACUAUGGUCACCAGCUCCGGGGCUCACCAGACUACUCCACAUCGGACGUUUGGGGGUGGGAAGGCAGCAGUGGUCCUCCUGGCUGUAGGGGGACAGUUCCUGCUCUGUUGGUUACCCUACUUCUCUUUCCAUCUCUACGUUGCCCUGAGCGCUCAGCCCAUUUCCACGGGACAGGUGGAGAACGUGGUGACCUGGAUUGGUUACUUCUGCUUCACGUCCAAUCCUUUUUUCUAUGGAUGUCUCAACCGGCAGAUCCGGGGCGAGCUGAGCAAACAGUUCGUCUGCUUCUUCAAGGCAGCUCCAGAGGAGGAGCUGAGGCUGCCUAGCCGGGAGGGCUCCAUUGAGGAGAAUUUCCUGCAGUUCCUCCAGGGGACUUCUGAGAACUGGGUGUCCAGGCCCCUACCCAGCCCCAAGCAGGAGCCACCACCUGCUGUUGACUUUCGAAUCCCAGGCCAGAUUGCUGAGGAGACCUCGGAGUUCCUGGAGCAGCAACUCACCAGCGACAUCAUCAUGUCCGACAGCUACCUCCGUCCUGCCGCCUCACAGAAGGGGGAGUCAUGAUGGACACUUGGAGGGAGAUAAAGCUUGGGGCUGGUUUAUGAUCUUAAAGACUGUCUUUUCCAGCUGCUGGGGUUUGGGCUGGGGUCUCUGGACUUAGCUUUUGCUUGGUGUUUCCUGGGUCAGGACCGGAGUCAACAGGAUGGACAUGUGGCAAAAGCCUUGGACUUGGCUAUGAUCUUUGACUAUUGGGGGAGGGAACCUGGGUAUGGUGAGGCCACGAUGAGAGAAAAGGGUCACAAAGGUGAGGCGGAGCCUUUCUACCAGUGAACUUUUCAUGCCUCAGGAAACAGGGAAACUCCCUCAGGGUAGGCAUGGGGCAGCAGGCCAGGAGCAGGGCUAUUCUGGGGACCACUGAGGUUUACUUCUUUCUGGUGUAAUAGUCCAGGGUAACAUUUACAUUGAAACAAGGUAAGGAAAUAGCCCACAUCUUCUCAUUUGCUUACUAGGUUAAAAAAAAAAAAAAA